AUGACACACCCAUCGACGGCGCAGUGGCUGUCGGAAGAGGUUGAAGACUUCCAAAUUAAGGAGGAAGACGUUAUCUACGAGGAUAUCGAGUAUAUUGAGGAAUAUGUGAACUCUUUCGAUGAACAAAAUACUUCCGAUGGUGUGAAUUUCAUAAAUGAAGAGCCAAACGGAAGUACGUUCAAAAUUGAAAGCAUUGACGAUGCGCGGGAUGCGUUACAAAACUCCGUUUGGUCCAUCAAACCACCCGAACAUACCGGUACUAUGGGUCGCAAACUGGCACAUCCACGUUCCGUACCGGUUGGCUUGGCUAAAUCGGCAAAAACGUUCGCCGAUUGCUUGUCGCUUUUUAUCGAUGCCGAUGUAAUUGCCAUGAUUACGGAAUACACCAACGAGCAGAUUAAGGUGGGACAACCGAACUACAGCCGUGAGCGUGAUGCGAAUUUAACAGAUGAAACGGAAAUCAGAGCUUUGCUGGGUGUGUUGUUUAUUGCCGGUACGGUACGCGAUGGACGGGAAAACAUUGAGUAUCUGUUCGACAGUAAAAUGGGAACCGGAUUAGAAGCGGUCUAUCUCACGAUGACCUCGCUUCGGUAUCACUUUCUCAUACGUAACGUGCGCUUCGAUGAUCCGGCUGCGGGGCUGGACGAAACGGAAGGCGAUAAGCUGGCACCGAUAAGAGAGAUCUACGAGCGAAUAGUAACCAACUUCCAGAAAAAUGUUCGUCCCGGUCGUUGCCUGAUGCUGGAUGGACAAACGGUACAGUUUAAAGGGAAAUGUGAUUUUCGACAAUUUUUGGGGAAUGUAUCCGGUAGGGCGGGAUUAAAGUUUCACUUGCUGGCGGACUGCGAGACUUGGUACAUCAGCAAUCUGGAAGUGUGCGUACCGGGUAACGAAAAUCCGUAUAACUUGAGCUAUGAACCUAUCGAUGUGGCUAUGCGCUUGACGGAACCCAUACAGGGUAAGCAGAAAACGGUCAUAAUGGGAUCUUCAUUCACAUCCCCAGAGCUGAUCAAGAAACUGUACGCAAGCCGAACUAUGGUCAUAGGCGAAGUGAAAAAAACGUACCAAGACAUUCCAAAAGCGUUCGUCUCGAACAGGGGACGUUCGGAGCAAAGCAUUCUGGCCGCGUACCACGAAACGGUUACGCUCGUAUCGUACAUAACCAGACGGAAGGAUGUAAUGCUACUAAUGUCCUCCUUCACGGAGGCCGAUCCGGAAGAAACUGAAGAGCCUGAUGAAAAUCAAAGGCAAGUUCGGCUUUUGCAGCUGACUGAACUUUACAACCAAACCAAAAAUACCAUCGGAACGAUCCAGCAAAUGUGCACAAUGUACGAUGUCUCGCGAUGCACUCGCCGUUGGCCAAUGGCUAUGUUUUUCAACCUAAUGAAUCUAUGCGCCUUCAAUGCUUGGUGCAUCUAUCAGCUAAAUCACGGCGAGGAGGAAAAAGUUAGUCGGCGUGAUUUUCUGGUCAAUAUGGCACUCGAGCUGCUAAGACCGCAGGCACGGAAGAGGCUGGACCAAAAAUCGCUACCGCGGACAUUAAAACAACGCAUCGCUAUUUUUCUAGGGGUGAGUAGGGAAGAGUAUGAAACCGUGCCGGUGUUGGACAAUCGACGAGAUGUACGAGGCCGGUGCUACCUGUGCAGUAGGGCACGUAAUAAAACGACACGCAUUACGUGCCACAGUUGUGGCAAGUUUACGUGCAACGCACAUUGUGCACAGCUGUGCCGUACAUGCUACAUGGAGGAAGAAGGUACGGAGAAACAGCAAUGA